AUGGUGCAGACUCGACAGUCGUCGCAGAAGCCAACGCGCCGCGACGCCAAUGGUCACAUCAACGGUCACAUCAACGGCCACAUCCUCACCUCGAGUGACGACCAAAUAGAUCGAUCCAGAUGGCGAAUGCUUGAUGAAUCCGGUCGACAAACCUGGCACUACCUCAGGACCGAUCAAGAAGUUGCCAAAUGGCCACAAUCGACGGCAGACAAGUAUUAUCUGGGAUUGCCUACAGACCUCCCUGAACUUCCUGCUGCCUCAAAACCGUCUGAAUCGAUCGAUAAUUGCUUGAGCUUCUAUUCACAAUUGCAGCUCCCUCCAGGCAACUGGGCUUGCGAAUAUGGCGGACCUCUCUUUUUGAUCCCGGGCAUCGUGAUAUGCUGGUACGUGACGGGAACGCCCAUCCCGUUCGAAUACAAGAUCGAAAUGAGGAACUACCUCUUCGCAAGACAAAAUGAGGACGGCGGGUGGGGUCUGCACGUUGAAGGUCACAGCUCAGUUUUCGGCACAGCCAUGAACUACACCAUCCUACGAAUACUGGGAGCGAGCGCGGAAGACCAAAGAAUGAUCACUGCGAGAGGGAAACUCCAUGCUAUGGGCGGAGCAACCCACGGUCCUCACUGGGCUAAAUUCUGGCUUAGUGUUUUGGGGAUUACCCGCUGGGAUAUUGUCAAUCCAGUUCCACCUGAACUAUGGCUUGUCCCUGACUGGGUUCCGAUUGCUCCGUGGCGGUGGUGGAUUCACAUGCGCCAGGUGUUCCUCCCCAUGUCCUACAUCUGGUCCAAGAAAUUCACGUUUCCUGAGAACGAUCUCAUUCGAUCAUUGCGACAGGAGUUGUUCGUGCAACCCUACGACUCGAUUGAUUUCGGGUCACACCGUAACUCGAUUGCCGUUGAAGACAACUAUCAUCCAAAAUCCUGGCUGUUGAAUCUGAUAAACUGGCUCUUGGUGUGGAUCUGGAUUCCUCUUCUCCGAGCAAAUUCCAUCGUCGACAAGGCCGAAGCUUGGGUCUGGCGACUCGUCCAGUAUGAAGACCACAAUACGGACUAUGCAGACCUGGCUCCCGUCAACGCCCCCAUGAACACUAUCUGCUGCUUCAUCAAAGAAGGACCUGACAGCUAUUCAUUCAAAAGACACCUCUACCGUCUCGAGGAAUAUCUCUGGGUUAAUAAAGAAGGAAUGCUCGUCAACGGUACCAACGGCGUUCAAGUCUGGGAUACAUCAUUCACCAUUCAAGCCUGUGUUGAAGCUGGCUUGGCGAACUCGCCGAAGUGGAAGCCAAUGCUCACCAAUGCACUGCACUAUUUGGAGUCUGAACAGAUUCGGGACGAAGUGCCCGACCGGGAAGUCUGCUACCGUCAGUCACGCAAGGGCGCAUGGCCAUUCAGUACCAAGCUGCAAGGCUAUACCGUCUCUGACUGCACAAGUGAGGCACUACGUGUCGUUCUUCUUCUUCAGAACGGCCACGGCUACAAACCGCUACUUGACAAGUCUCGCAUUUGUGACGCAGUGGACGUGCUUUUGACCAUGCAGAAUAAGCAUACCGGAGGCUUUUCCAGCUACGAGUGCCAACGCGGCUCUGAAUACCUCGAAUUGCUCAAUGCAGCCGAAGUUUUUGGGCGCAUCAUGGUAGAGUACGACUAUCCCGAAUGUACCACCGCCGUGGUCACAGUCUUGUCGUUGUUUCAGAAGUUCUAUCCGGACUAUCGUACCGACGAGAUAAAACAGAUCAAGGAAUCCGCAUUGCAGUACAUCCGCCGGGCUCAGAGGGAGGACGGAUCGUGGUACGGCAGUUGGGGGAUUUGCUUCACCUAUGGGGCGAUGUUUGCCCUUGAAUCCUUGGCUUCGGUGGGCGAGUCAUAUGCCAACUCACCACGGGUCAAGAAAGCAUGUGAAUUUCUCAUUUCGCAUCAAAUGGCCGAUGGAGGCUGGGGCGAGAGCUAUCGCGCCUCGGAACUGAGGGUGUGGGUUGACCAUGAUCAAUCACAGGUUGUGCAGACCUGUUGGGCCAUCAUUGCGCUGAUGUAUGCUGGAUACCCCGACCCAGAGCCGCUCAGACGGGCGAUCAAGAUGAUCAUGGGCAGACAGCAAAGGAACGGAGAAUGGCUGCAAGAGGCCAUCGAAGGAGUGUUCAAUUGCAGUUGCAUGAUCACUUAUCCGAAUUACAAAUUUUACUUCCCUGUCAAGGCGAUGGGCAUGUAUAUAGCGAGAUGGGGCGACGAGGAGAUCCUUUGA